CUUAUUUUCCUGUAAACAAGCCAUAGGCCCACAACGCGAUCUCUCUUGCCCCCCUCUCCAACUUUUCCGUUCCCAAGAAUCAUGGGCCAUGGCUAGAUCUUCAAUGUCCGGAAAGAGGAGGAGCUUCGACCUGCUUUAUCCCUCGUCCUGAACUGCAUCGUCUUUGUUUCGGAUAGAGGGUUUUAAUUGUUUGCAACCGAUUCGGGCCUUUUGGCGGUAUCUAAUGGCCGUUGCUACGGCUUGUAGGCGAUGGGGACAAGUGGGAACCAAUUCCGGGAUAGGCAGAUUUAGAGAAUUUGGUGCCUUGAAUUCAGUAUACGACCCGUUAUCUGCUUCUUUGGCUUCGGUUUGUACAUACAGGCAAUUCGAUUGUAGACAAAUUUCUGAGCUCGUCAAUUCGAACAGAAAGCGUUUGUUUCUCGUUGACACAUUAGCCCUAGUUAGGAGAUUAGAGGGACAAGGUGUUCCAUCGAAGCAAGCCGAGGCUAUCACAGCUGCCAUAACAGAAGUUUUGAAUGACAGCUUGGAAAAUGUGACUCUGUCUUUUGUUUCAAAGGCAGAGAUGCAGAAGAUUGAAUUGAUUCAAGAAUCCAAUCUGUCCAAAUUCAAAUCCGAAGUUCAGAGCUCACAGGGACACCAUUUUUCUUCGUUACAACAUGAGACUGAAAAGCUGCGAAAUGAUAUAGAGAAGAUGCGUAGCGAAUUGAGGUAUGAAAUUGACAAACUCACUGCUGGGCAGCGGUUGGAUUUGAAUCUUGAGAGGGGGAGGAUACGGGAUGAGCUAGCAAAUCAGAAUGCUGAAACCACUAACCUCACAAAUAAACUUGAUCAGGAAAUUCAUGCUCUUAGGGCUCAUAUGGAAGCGGCAAAGUAUGAUGUGAUAAAAUACUGCAUAGGUACUCUUGUUUCCAUAUCUACCAUUGGCCUUGCUGUAAUCCGCAUCUUGAUGUAGAUGUGUUGUAUUGUAUUGCAAAUCAAGUGAUAUAACUCGAAACGAUAGUUCAUUCUUUUGAAGCUGUUGAUUGUUUGAAAAGAAGGAAAAGGAAUAAAAAAAGUCAGAAAAAUUGAACUGUAGUGUCAGCGGAGCUCGAGGAAGAAUUCCUUAUAUAGCUGUACUGACUCCUUUUGCCGCUCC